GCCCAUGUUCAGCCGCCCACAACAUUGAAAUAGGUCAACACGAUUACUCGAGCAAAGGAAGCUCAGGAAAUCACUGCAUUUUCGGCCACCGCGGAGUCUAGGAGAUGGCGAAGUCGAAGAAUCACACAGCGCACAAUCAGUCCCGCAAAGCCCAUAGGAACGGCAUCAAGAAACCGAGGAAGCAUCGCUACACUUCCACCAAAGGAAUGGAUCCGAAGUUCCUUAGGAACCAGAGGUACGCGAAGAAACACAACAAUAAGAGUGGUGAAACCGGUACUGAAGAAGAGUAAAAUAGAACGCCAUGCAGUUGAGUUUUUGGUUUGCUUCGAUUGAACCUUUUUGAUUUUGUUAUUUAUUCUCUUUUUGGUUAUCACCAGUGUAGUAACUUUCACUUCAAUGUAGCGAGUCCUGUUUCUUUCAAUGUUCGAUUACCUGUUCUUCGCAUUU